AUGAAGGACGAGAACCUCUGGUCCCUUGAUGUAGAGAAAACCACAUCCUCGACUUGGAAAGCGCUGCUGUCGUUGAGGGGCCUAGCAGCUCAGUUCAUCAGAGCUAAAAUUAGGAAUGGUCAGCGGAUAAGCUUUUGGUUUGAUCACUGGACUCCUUUAGGACCACUCAUCCACAGAUUUGGUGACUUGGGGCCAAGGGAACUAUCUAUCUCUAUCUCCGCUACCGUCUCUGAAGCUUGUACUCAAUCUGGUUGGCUUCUUCGUGGUGCUCGAUCCCCAGCAGCAGAGGAGCUACAGACUUAUCUCACAUCUAUCCCGCUUCCUACUCUCUCCCCAAAAGACGAUUAUUAUGCCUGGGAGAUUGAAGGAACCGAGCUGAAUACUUUCUCUACUCGUAAGACAUGGAACGUGGUUCGAAAUAGAGAAGAGGAGAAAGACUGGACUCGAAAUAUCUGGUUCAAGGGUCAUGUUCCCCGUCAGGCUUUCACGGCGUGGAUAGCUCACCAAGACCGCCUCCCUACCAGGACGAGAUUGAUAAGUUGGGGUAUGAAUAUAUCAUCUUCUUGCUGUCUCUGUAACAGGGUGGAUGAAACCAGAACACAUUUAUUCCUGCAAUGUAAAAUCAAUAGGAAAUUUGGGUUUUGGUUCUGCGGAGACUUGGGUAUUCUCAUCGCGCGUUCCACACUUGGAUAG